GAAAUUUAAAAAAAAAACAAAAACUUGGGCUGAGCAAAAGAUGUGAUCUCUUCAUCUCUAGACUAGAAUCUAGAGAAUUAAGAUGUAAUAUAGAUCUAUAGAGUCUAGAUCUAAUCUAAAAUCGUUUAGAUGUCUAUUUCACAGUAUGUCUUAUAUUCAUCAUCGCAGAAUUCUUGUGAGCCUUCUGACACCACCACUAGGUGAAAGAUUUGCUGACUUUUCAGAGUGUAUCCUGUGUCAUUUUGGCUACAAGGAGGACCAUGGCUAUCUCAAUGUUGACUUAAAGGAAAAUAAACUUAUUUUAAGUAACACAGGACACGAUGAAAGAGAGAAGAUUUUAAUUAAACAUCCAGCCUUUUGUCCAGCUAAACAUCUAACAUCUGACAUUACUCACUCACUACCUGAAGAAAUCAGAACUCGAGGUGUAGAUGUGGGAGUGGCUAUUAUCUUGGAAUCUUCUGAUGGAAAAAUUCUUUUGACACGAAGAGCACCACAUCUGAGUACUUUUCCUGGAGUUUGGGUUCCACCAGGUGGUCACUUAGAAGAAAAUGAAAGUCUAUUAGAUGCUGGAUUGAGAGAAGUACAGGAAGAGACUGGAAUACAUUUAGAAAAGUCUGACUUCAUAAAUCAAAAGUCAGAAAUAAUAGGAUUAUGGGAGUCUGUCUACCCACCGAUGCUCUCACUAGGCUUACCUACUCGGCACCAUAUAGUUGUCUAUUUCCAUGCUCAACUCAAAGAUGGAUUAACUGCUGAUGAAAUGGAGAAACUGAUCAAGUUUGAGCCUGCCGAGGUUGAUGCAUGUGUUUGGUUAAACAGAGAGGUUAUAAAUGCCAUUGCCCAGUCUCAUGAAGGUCCAGUGAGUGAUUCAACUAUCCAGCCACUACCACUUGUUGUAAAAGCACUAACACUAGAUGAAAAUCAGAAGCAGUCAGUUACAGAAAUACCAACAGCUCCAUUUUAUAACACUCACAUUGUAGAUCUAACUCUGACAGAAAGAGUAAGCACAGGCACUAAGUUUGCUCUACAACAGUAUCUGAAGACUAAAAUAGUUUAAUUAGUACUUUUGUUGUUCUUUCUUUUUUUUUUCAAUAAUAUAUAAGGCA